AUGGGUGCAUUACGUUGCCUUGGUUUCAUCGUCGUCAUAACAAACUUGUUUGCACUCUCCCGAUCCCAAUUUCCCGUCCUUCCCAUUCCGGAAUUGCCUUUGACGCUUCGAAAUCUCACGCAGCAGGACGGAGCUGGUGCCUUUGCUGGGCUGGACACGAACUCGCCAUUCUUGUCUAACGCCGCCAUCGCUUCGCUCUUUGAUGCCGUUCAGAGACCUGCAGCUCCUGAGCCCAAUGUGAGGUCGACGAGGAGCGUCGCCGUGAGUUACUACGACACCGUCAACUUCGGAGGGCAUGUCUUGUCGGAGCUCCGAGACUCUCUCUCUUUCGAUUGGUUUCAAGCUCUGCCCGAGCCUUUCAGCUGGCGCUUCUCCCCGCAGGCCUUCAGCGUCAGAAUGCUCUCCAGGCUUGUCGUGCCCGCAGACGUCAGGAUCAAGUUCGUUGCGCGUGCCGGAGGUCCUGUCGCCGUGUACCUCAACGAGGAGAGCGGAAAGAGCAAGAUCGUGGUUGAUGGAUGGAACGUAGACAGCAGCACUUCGGCUCCCAUCCUGUUCGAUGGGAUAUCGGCCACUAGAAGAUUCAUUGGAGGCAAAUCAACACUUUUGAAAAGGGGGAUGCGAUACACGAUGAUUGUAAUUCACAGCACUGAAGAGUCGUUGAGCAUCGAGGAUAACAGAUUUCGUAUGCUUCAGGUAGCAAUGACGGGUGACAAUAGCAACGAGGUCAUUCCUAUACCCACAGGAUGGUUACAAAACUUGAUGACAAGUGGAUUUGGGGGGGGGGGCAUAUAUGCAUCAUUUUACGGUGCAGUGACAUCACGGGAGAGAGGACUUGAAACCUCUUCUUAUUCCACCAUCAUUCAACCAACGUUCUCGUCUCCAAACGUGCUGUGGUCCCCCGGGGCGAACAUGCAAGAGACUCUCUACAGCGCUCGCUUGUCUGCCAGUCUUGCCCCUCAAGAACGGGCGACUGUGAGACUUGUUGUAGUGUCAGCUCAAGACCGGAGUUAUCCCUACCUUCUUCCCCGCCUUUGGAUUAACCGGAGGGAGGUCAACCUAGAACAAGUCACUGACUCUUCCUUCUGUGCAAACAUCGAAUCUCCAGUCACAUGCUCCCGCGCUCGUGCCGUCAGCUCUGACAUUCUCUUCGAGCCUGGAGCUCCUUUGCAAGUGGACGUGGAGAUUUAUAAUCAGGUGGCGGAAGUUUACGACGUUGAGCUUCUGUUGCCCUUCUUUGUUCCUUUGCUACCUCCUGUUUCUCCAAACCCAGCAGGGGAUGUUUCUUCUCUCUCUUUCUCGGUCAACUCCUCCUCGUUGAAUCUCAAAGUGCGAUCGUCUAGUUACUUUGGGAUGAAGUAUGAGAACUCGAGCCUCUUUCGUUGCCUCUCGCAGAAAGCUUCAGUGCCCCUUGCUGCGCUUGAACAGUCCCGCUCUCAAUCCGCGGGAUGCGGGCCAUCGAAUCAAAACUUCUGGUUCUCGUCCAACAUCACGGACAGCAUUGUUCUGCUCGAACGAGGAGGCUGCUUUUUCUUGCAGAAGACUUUGGCGUCACAACAAGCUGGCGCGCUGGCAGUCAUCUUCUUCGAUCGCGACGACUAUCGGCAGCCGAUGAUCCUCCUCCCUCCAUCCUCAGGCUCCCCCCCCAUCUCCAUACCAGUCUUCACUAUGGCGAGACAGGAUGCUCUUGUCUUGCUGUCUGCUCUAUCAGUAGAUGGAGCUCAGCUGACUCAGGUAACUCCAAUCGACACUUCAGUCCCGUCACCUUUCCUCCUGCUGGCCAAGAAGGAUACCGAGGGUAAGUAUCUCCCAGCGCAGUUGAUUCCCACACACCUUCUCUCUCCAACAGGACUUGGCGGAUUCUUCUCGACAUUCUACUCGAUGAGGACGAAUUUCAAUCAGAGUAUGAUCCAACCCAUGAUGUCCUUUGAUUCAAGCUCGCCCGCCUCCAUUCAGACCGCGGGUUCCUCUUUCUUGACCGACAACCGCGUCUUUGCGGAGUUUGGAGCAUAUCUGCUCCCUCCUUCCUCUCAGGAAUACGAGUUUUCAUUCAACGGGGAUGGAUCCCUUGAGAUCUGGAUCGACAACAACCUGGUCAUAUGGAGGAAUGAUCGAUUCUCUCCACCGCAGACUUUGAAUGCACAAGUUUAUCUGGAGAAGGAUGUGCCGGUUGCGAUUGAAGUCAGGAUUUACUUCGCAGCCUUCGAGUCUAAACAGAAUCUCUUGGCGACCUUGAUGUGGAGAGCUGCUUCUUCCACGUGUGAAGGACCUUUGUGCUCCUUCAACUCCAUCCCUCAGCGCUUUCUCCUCCCAAUCCCCUGCAUCGCGGGAAGACAACUUGUGCAGUAUAACAAUGAUGCUCCUCAGCUGUUUUCGACUUCUUGUAUUUGCCCGUUGGACAGGCAGGUAGCAGGAGAACGUCACUGUGCAGAUAUCCGCAGCUCCUCCUGCCUCAUCUCGGUCUUCCACGAGCAACCUUGCGAGUCAAGCUUCGGGAGGAUGAGGUAUCUAGCGCAGCUCAACGGCACUCCUCCCUGCCUCAUUCUCCAGGCCGACGAGAUCCUUUGGCUCAACCUGUCUAUCGCCUGCAAGUUUGACGACUUUCCUCGUCCCGCUGGCGCUGCAGCCCCGACAGGCCGCGUGGAGGCAGAGCGGGACAAGUUCAGAUACCGCCUGUACAUGGACGACGGGAGCUUCGCCUCCAGCUACGAGCUGGGUAUGUACCUGCAAGUCACCGCGUUCGACUUCUACCACCUCGGAAACUUCUCCGACAUAGUGAAGGACUUCCUGAUCGAUGAGCGCGUGCUCUCGCAAGGCAAGCUCGUCCUCCAGCAGCACCUCCGCGACCACAACCUCGGCUCCGACUUCUUCGCGGGGGGUCGCCUCUACACUGAGGCUUCUCUCGGGCAGAGGCUGCCGACUCGCUCGCUGCGGCUGGCGAGAAAUAUUCCCGUCGUUGCUGACCUGUCGGUGGAGGCAAGAGACAUCAUCUUCUCUCGGCCGUGGAUCUCCUGGAGUACAGCUGGACUCAUUGCUGGGGUCCUCCUCUUCUGUAUCCUCUGCCUCUGGCGCUACCGAGCAGGUAAAAAGAUGAAGGUGUGA